GCGCAGGGCGGGAUGGGGUUUGGCCGUAAGGGUGGGUCAAGGCCAGGAAAGUAGCACUUGUUCGUUGCUGCCCCAGAAGGCUGGAAGCCGAGGACCCGAGAGCGGGCAUGGCGACUUGGUCUCAGGCGGACUCUGGUUUCUCUGGAAACCCCCCUGGUAAGUGUGGAGGAGGCGGGACACUCUGACCCAAGACAAAAGGCCGGUACCUCCAGCCAAAGAAAAUAAACCUUAGGAGAGAGAAGGAAAAACAAAACAAAACAAAACAAAAACCCGUCGGCUGUUCCAGAGAACAGCCUGCAGUGGAACCAACAGCGAGGACGACUGACGUGAGUGGGGAAGUGACUGUAUGUGGACUGUGGAGAAAGUAAGUCACACGGGCCCCGAGGGCCUGGACUGGGUGAGGAACAGCUGUGCUUGCAGAGGUGAGGUGUCGAGAAGGGAAAAGUGAAUGUGGUCUGGAGUGUGGCCUUGGCUCCACGGGCUGUGCGUUCCUCCGAGGCCGUCAGGGAGCUCAGCCCCCGUGUUCCGCCGGGGCGGGGUACAGGGUUUGGCACCGAGGGGGGUAACUCGCUGGCUGGAGCAGCAGAACAGUGGCCUUGAUUUGUCUUUUGGAAGAUUUAAAAACCAAAAAGCAUAAACAUUGUGGUUCUUCAGCAAUGCUUUCUCUGAAGAAAUACUUAACGGAAGGACUCCUCCAGUUCACCAUUCUGCUGAGUUUGAUUGGGGUGCGGGUGGACGUGGAUACUUACCUGACCUCACAGCUCCCCCCGCUCCGGGAGAUCAUCCUGGGGCCCAGUUCCGCCUACACUCAGACCCAGUUCCACAACCUGAGGAACACCUUGGAUGGCUAUGGUAUCCACCCCAAGAGCAUAGACCUGGACAAUUACUUCACCGCCCGGCGGCUCCUCAGUCAGGUGAGGGCCUUGGACAGGUUCCAGGUGCCGACCACUGAGGUGAACGCCUGGCUGGUCCACCGGGACCCGGAGGGGUCUGUCUCUGGCAGCCAGCCCAGCACAGGCCUUGCGCUCGAGAGUUCCAGUGGCCUCCAAGAUGUGACAGGCCCAGACAACGGGGUGCGAGAAAGUGAAUCGGAGCAGGGAUUCAGUGAAGAUUUGGAGGAUUUGGGGGCUGUAGCCCCUCCAGUCAGUGGAGACUUAACCAAAGAGGACAUAGAUCUGAUUGACAUCCUUUGGCGACAGGAUAUUGACCUGGGGGCUGGGCGUGAGGUUUUUGACUAUAGUCAUCGCCAGAAAGAGCAGGAUGUGGAUAAGGAGCUGCAAGAUGGAGCGGAGCAGGAGGACACCUGGCCAGGCGAGGGCGCAGAAGUUCUGGCACGAAACCUGCUAGUGGAUGGAGAAACUGGGGAGAGCUUCCCUGCCCAGGUGCCUGGUGGGGAGGACCAGACAGCCCUGUCCCUGGAAGAGUGCCUUAGGCUGCUGGAGGCCACCUGCCCCUUUGGGGAGAAUGCUGAGUUUCCAGCAGACAUUUCCAGCUUAACAGAAGCAGUGCCUAGUGAGAGUGAGCCCCCAGGUCUUCAGAACAACCUCUUGUCUCCUCUCCUGACGGGGACAGAGUCACCGUUUGAUUUGGAACAGCAGUGGCAAGAUCUCAUGUCCAUCAUGGAAAUGCAGGCCAUGGAAGUCAACACAUCAACCAGUGAGAUCCUGUACAAUGCCCCUCCUGGAGACCCACUGAGCACCAACUACAGCCUUGCCCCCAACACUCCCAUCAAUCAGAAUGUCAGCCUGCAUCAGGCAUCUCUGGGAGGCUGCAGCCAGGACUUCUCGAUCUUCAGCCCCGAGGUGGAGAGCCUGCCUGUGGCCAGCAGCUCCACUUUGCUCCCGCUGGUCCCCAGUAAUUCCACCAGCCUCAACUCCACCUUUGGCUCUACCAACCUGGCAGGUCUCUUCUUUCCGCCCCAGCUCAAUGGCACAGCCAAUGACACCGUAGGCCCCGACCUGCCUGACCCACUUGGGGGUCUGUUAGAUGAAGCCAUGCUGGAUGAGAUCAGCCUGAUGGACCUGGCCAUAGAGGAAGGCUUUAACUCCGUGCAGGCCUCCCAGCUUGAAGAGGAAUUUGACUCUGACUCAGGCCUCUCCUUGGACUCCAGCCAUAGCCCUUCCUCUCUGAGCAGCUCUGAAGGCAGUUCUUCUUCCUCCUCUUCCUCUUCCUCCUCCUCCUCUGCUUCUUCCUCAGCCUCUUCCUCCUUUUCUGAGGAAGGUGCUGUCGGCUACAGCUCUGACUCUGAAACUCUGGAUCUAGAAGAGGCAGAGGGUGCUGUGGGCUACCAGCCUGAGUAUUCCAAGUUCUGCCGCAUGAGCUACCAGGAUCCGUCUCAGCUCUCCUGCCUGCCCUACUUGGAGCAUGUGGGCCACAACCACACGUACAACAUGGCGCCCAGUGCCCUCGACUCUGCUGACCUGCCACCACCCAGCACCCUCAAGAAGGGCAGCAAGGAGAAGCAGGCCGACUUCCUAGACAAGCAGAUGAGCCGGGACGAGCACCGAGCCCGAGCCAUGAAGAUCCCCUUCACCAAUGACAAGAUCAUCAACCUGCCUGUGGAGGAAUUCAAUGAGCUGCUGUCCAAAUACCAGCUCAGCGAAGCCCAGCUGAGCCUCAUCCGGGACAUACGGCGCCGGGGCAAGAACAAGAUGGCAGCCCAGAACUGCCGCAAGCGCAAGCUGGACACCAUCCUGAACCUGGAGCGGGAUGUGGAGGACCUGCAGCGCGAUAAAGCCCGACUGCUGCGGGAGAAGGUGGAGUUCCUCCGGUCCCUGCGGCAGAUGAAGCAGAAGGUCCAGAGCCUGUACCAGGAGGUGUUUGGGCGGCUGCGAGAUGAGAACGGGCGACCUUACUCACCCAGUCAGUAUGCUCUCCAGUACGCCGGGGAUGGCAGUGUCCUCCUCAUUCCCCGCACCCUGGCUGACCAGCAGGCCCGGCGACAGGAGAGGAAGCCAAAGGACCGGAGAAAGUGAGCCUGGGGUGGAAGGGGGGGUUGACGCUCACCAAGAUUGAAACUGGAGAAGGGCUGGGCCUGGACCUGGACCUACAGCAGGGGGACUUGAAUGCCUUCUUAUCCAAUAGAUCUUCUCAGAUGGGAUGACUGUCGGUCAGUGGAAGAGGCGGGCGCAGGUGCUGUCUGGCUCAGCUUCCCCCACUGGGGAGAGUGGAAAUAGCCAGACUGUUUGGGUGGACAGGGUCCUCACUCAUCCCCCUUUCAUUUGAGGGAAGGGGCAGGGUGGUGAUGGCAGUGAUGGAGGCUGACAAAGGGAAAGGAAGGGACUUGUGAAAGGAGACAAAGGUAGUAGAAAGUCUCAUUCCAGGAAGAGGAAGGAAAGAAACCAAAAAAAAAAAAAAACAAAGCUUGAAGAAAAAAGUGCAGGUUAAGAUUGAAUCUGACCAGGAUUCCAGGCAGCAGGUUUUAGGUGGGACUAGGUCAUUGGUGUGAGUAAACCCCACUUCACCCCAGGGGAGGGGUGGAACAGACAGGGUGGGUUCUGGGAGGGGCUUUGUGAACUCUUUCUGCUCCCGCACUUUGGCAUCCCUGAAGGGGAGGCUCUUCGAUAUCUCCUUGAAUGUUUCAGUGCUGGGGAGCCACUGGGACCCGAUACUAGCCAGCUUGGAGAGGGUUAGGGUUAAAGGGUGGAGCGAACAGGAGAGGAUCACAAGGCCCAGUGUUGCAGGAGCCCCAACACCAAGCAUGCCACUCACUGCCCUGCCACUCCAUCUCCCUUGGUGCCCAGUCACCCCUGAGCUGAGGCUCCCACAACUCCAUCAGAACCUGCAUGCAAAUGCUGUUCUCUUCCCGGCCCCUCACUGGCUGCCCAGAGCUCUUCCGCAGCUGGGGUGCUGGCAGUGCCCCCAGUGAUGGGCCUGCAGCCUCCUGGGGGCUGUUUUGAGGCAGGGGGACGAUGUGGAGAAGCCAGGCAGUAUUCAGCACAAUACUGAGGAGUGACCCCCUCAGGUCUCCCACCAACAACUGGGCUUGUCACUGGAAAAGACAAAAUACAAAACCCAGCAACAAAACUAGUCCUCUUAGAGUUUCCUGCGCCUUUUUUUUUCCUAAGGGCUUUGAGCCCUGUUUCACUUAUAGGGUCUAGAAUGCUUGUGUUGAGUAAAAAGGAGAUACCCCAAUAUUCAAAGCUGCUAAAUGUUCUCUUUGCCAUAAAGACUCCGUGUAACUGUGUGAACAUUUGGGAUUUUUCUCCUCCAUCCUGAGGUCUCUGUCUGCUUUCUUUUUUGGGUGUCUUCCUAGGAGAAUGAGAAGUGCAUGUAAUGGCGGUUGAGAGCACCUUCCCCCACCCCAGGCUCUUGGCUAUAGGCAGCUUGUCAGCACCCCCAGCUCAGCUAGGACUCCUGGAGGACUGCCUGGGGGAGGCAGAGAGGGAAGUGCCAAGGUGGCCAUAUGGUUCCAGGACCAGUGUCUUUAUUUUUUAAAAUGUUUGCUACUGCUGCCCCCCGCAUCCAUUUGGAAUAACAGGAAUGCUUUGAGUGGGGGAAGUGCCGAUUCUCCCCAUUUGGAGUGGGGCGGGCAACACAUUAACUGAGCAGUAGGAGCCUGGGAAGUGCUUUUAUAAAUUAUUUUCCUUGUAGAUUUUAUUUUUAAUUUAUCUGUGACCUGCCAGGGAAGGGAGAGGAGAAGAGAGAGGAGGUUGUGAACACAAGACAAAAUAAAAUAAAAUGGAUGAUUCAUUCUCAAGUGCAGUUUUUCCCUAUCUUGGAAUUAAACAGUGAAUAGGCCUCACAAGGGCUGGCCAUUGUGUGAUUGAGGCAGCGCUCACACCGGAAAGGGGGAGAGAGGCUGAUGAGUUAAGGAAAAUAGUCUUAACUGCUGUAUCGGUAUGCCUUCCACGUAGGUGUUAUGUACCUCUUUACAAGGUUUGCCAGCUCUGACCUCCUGGAGGAAGGAUUCAGACUCCUUUUGGUCUUUCGCAUAGGGUAGGCUAGGUGGAGCCGGUGUCACCUGGCCCAGCUCUGUAUUUCCUGUCCACCUGUAACAGACUGCAUUUAUCCUGACUGUGCUGUUACUUCUCUGGUGGCCCCACCUGCCAGAGUGCUGCAGAGCACUGGAAUGUAGUCACACUGACAACUGGGAUGUGAAAACCUGAGAAUCAACAGGACCAACACACCAGGUGCUUCUGUUGAAGAGAGUAAGGCCAUAGGGCUUGAGAAACAGGAAGCCAGACUCCAGGUUUUGAGGCAUCGGAAAACCCCAACUGAGGUGACCAGAAUCAGUCCUCCCUCCAAAACACUGGACAAUACCAAGCCUUUGACGUGUUGAAUGUGAAAAGGUACUGGGUGGUUUCUGGAACUGCCACAUGCCCAUCUUGAGGUAGGUAGCAAAUGCCUGAGGAAUGAUGGCCCACUGGCAGUCUGAGAUGCUCGGACAAGGUUUACGACCAGAAGCUGUGAUCUCGAGUUCCCCUGUGCCACUGUGUGACCUGGCUCGGCCUCGUCCUUCAGUGAUGCUGCGAGUUUAUCCUAAGGAAUGGAAUAAAAUUCCGGGAGUAACAUUGA